UGAUGGACUAAAAUCGCCCUGUCUUUUUUUUUUCUCUCCCUUGUCUACCUCCAUCUCGCUUCCUUCCAUCUCUCGCCAGAGCCGUGCGGAGCGAGCAGGAUGUGGGCGAUGCUGCCACAAGGGAUUCAUUGUGGCUUCACUCAGAUGAACACCCGUUGCAUGCCUUGAAACAGGAGAGUGUUUUUUUUUUUUCCCCUGCACCUGUUCAAUCAGGAGAUUUUGCUCUGCAGCAGCUCGUCACCUGAAAGUGGCACCGGAAUGAUACCCUGAGGUGCACCGCCCGAAGCCAGGCCCCUGGAGAGGCGACGGAGAUCGCUGUCUCCAUCCCCUUCUUCCUGCGCCUCCACUAUUAAAGCGCCACAGAGAUGCGGGGAGGACCCCUCUGAUCUAGGAUCAGCCGGGUGUUAGAUGGCCUGAUCUCAACAUCAAAACAGCUGGGGGAGGGCCUCUCUAGUGAACAUCCCUCUACCACUGCGCGGUAGCACAUGGAUUUCAAGACCUCAAAUGAAGAGACAAAGACUGGGAUUUAUUUGAUGCAAGAAGGUAAUGAGGAGCCGUUUAAUGUUCGACUGCACUUGGCUAAAGAUAUUCUGACCAUUCAGGAGCAAGAUGUCAUCUGUGUGUCGGGAGAACCUUUCUAUUCCAGCGAGAGGACUGUAACGAUCCGGAGACAGACGAUCGGAGGGUUUGGCCUCAGCAUCAAGGGUGGUGCGGAGCAUAAAAUCCCCGUGGUGGUGUCCAAAAUAUCCAAAGAACAAAAAGCGGAACUCUCUGGGCUGCUUUUCAUUGGCGAUAGCAUCCUGCAGAUAAAUGGAAUAAACGUGAGAAGCUAUCGCCACGAGGAAGUGGUUCAGGUUUUGAGAAACGCUGGUGAAGAAGUCACCCUUACUGUUUCUUUUCUAAAGAAGACUCCAGCCUUCCUCAAACUGCCUCUUUGUGAGGACUGCACAUGUAUCCCCAGUGACCAGAGCAGUGGGACCUCAUCUCCUUUGUGUGAUAGCGGCCUGCACUUGAACUAUCAUCCUAAUAACACGGAUACGCUGUCCUGCUCGUCGUGGCCCGCGUCCCCUGGGCUCCGCUGGGAGAAAAGAUGGGUGGAUCUGCGCCUCAUACCGCUGUUGCACUCUCGCCUCUCUCAGCACAUGCCGGGCUCUGACGUGUGCAGAAAAAAUGCGUUCCAGGUCAUUGCUGUGGACGGCGUGUGCAGCGGCGUGCUCCAGUUCCCCUCGCCCGAGGACUGCUUGGACUGGCUUCAGGCCACGGGCGGCAACAUCUCCAAUCUCACCAAGCACAACGUGAAGAAGAUCAACCGCAAUUUUCCAGUCAACCAGCAGAUCAUCUACAUGGGCUGGGCCGACGAGAAGGAGCAGGACUCAGUCCAGGACCGAAUGUACUCGCCAAAGUUUCUGGCUUUAAGGGGUUCCUCUCUUUUUAAGUUCUGUGCUCCUCCGGUGACAACAUGGGACUGGACCCGAGCAGAGAAAAGCUUUACUGUCUAUGAAAUCAUGUGCAAGAUUUUAAAGGACAACGACCUGGUGGACAAGAGGCAGCACUGCUUCAGCGUGCAGACAGAGAGCGGCGAGGACAUGUUCUUUGGCGUGGAGCUCGAGUCGGAGCUGCUGGUUUGGGAAAAGGCCUUCCAGAUGGCCACUUUCCUGGAAGUGGAGAGGAUACAGUGUAAAACGUACACCUGUAUCAUGGAGAGCCACCUUAUGGGACUGACUGUUGACUUCAGCAUGGGCUUCGUGUGCUUUGAUGCCGCUUCUAAGGCUGUUCUGUGGAGAUACAAGUUCUCUCAGCUGAAAGGAUCAUCAGAUGACGGCAAAAGCAAGAUCAAGUUUUUAUUCCAAAACCAAGACUCCAAAUCCAUCGAAGCAAAGGAACUGGAGUUUUCCAACCUAUUUGCGGUGCUUCACUGCAUUCACGCUUUCUUCGCUGCCAAAGUGGCGUGCCUUGACCCCGUGUUUGUGGAGAGCCAGGCCACGGCCGCCAACGCCGGCAUCCCUUCUCUGUCGAGCCUCUCGUGCAAUUCGCACACUCCCAAACUAAAAUUCACCACUUGACGCAGCACCUCUGGAUUAGUCACGACUCUGUAGCUUAAGAUGGGAGAAAGACAAAAAAGACUUCAUAAAGACUUCCUCAGGGAAAAAAAAAGUCUGGAAUUUCUCAUAAAGCCUUUCUGGGACUUUGGGAAUACAAAAAGACUCAAUGGACACCAAGUGUGCAAUGUGAACAGCUUUUUAGGCCAACCUUCUGGGACAUCCUUAUUAUUAGUAAAAUUAUUAUGAUCCACACAUCACAACAAGAAAAA